UGUGUAAAGUGCAGAAGAGACACAAAAGCAGCAUUCACACUCACGCUGAAGAAGAGCGGCGGCAAUUAUGGCCUCUUAUGGGACAUUUCUGCUUCUCUGCUUAUUUUCUGCUGAGAAUCUGUGUCUGGCAACUUCUUCACUCACAGGUUUUACAGAGGUGGACGUGGAUCAUGGGAAAGACUGGGAUAUAUUUGACAUAAACAAAGAAGCAGGACUUGAUCUGGUAGAUGGCGACAUCAUCAUUGAUGAGGCAGAGGGAAGAAACUCUAUUCUGGGUGAAAAUUAUCGCUGGCCAACCACUGUACCAUACUACCUCGAGGACAGCUUGGAGAUCAAUGCUAAAGGAGUGAUACUGAAGGCGUUUGAGCAGUACAGACUCAAGACUUGCAUUGACUUCAAACCCUGGAGUGGCGAGCCAAACUACAUUUCUGUGUACAAAGGUUCUGGGUGUUCCUCCUCCGUGGGGAAUCGGCAGGUAGGGAAGCAGAGACUCUCAAUUGGCCAAAACUGUGAUCGUCUGGCAACCGUGGAGCAUGAGUUUCUGCACGCUCUGGGUUUCUGGCAUGAGCAAUCUAGAGCUGACCGAGACGACUAUGUCAACAUCAUUUGGGGCCAGAUUGAAGAAGGCAAAGAGCACAACUUUAACAGCUAUGAUGAUACAGUAUCCAGUGCCCUAGGUGUACCCUACGACUACGGUUCUGUUAUGCACUACAGUAAGACCUCCUUCAACAAGGGCUCUGAGCCAACCAUCGUCACUAAGAUACCGGAAUUCAUGGACGUGAUUGGCCAGCGCAUGGAGUUCAGUUUCAGUGACGUACUCAAGCUAAACAAGCUUUAUAACUGCACCACAUUCUCCACCUUUUUGGAUUCCUGUAGUUUUGAGGAGCCUGAUAUCUGUGGUAUGAUCCAAGGAGACGAUACAACGGGCAAGUGGGUGCGUGUGAGGAGUGUGGAGGGAGGUCCAAACACAGAUUAUACCAACAUGGGCCAGUGCAAUGGUGCAGGUUUCUUUAUGCAUUUUAGCACAGCCACAGGGAGCCAUGGAGACAAUGCUUACUUGGAAAGCCGGUUCUUUUAUCCUAAACGAGGAUCCCAGUGCCUGCAGUUCUACCUGUAUAACAGUGGGGGUGCUGAUGACCAGUUAAACGUGUGGGUGCGCGAGUAUAACAGCACAAAUCCAAAAGGAGUGCUGAGACUCAUUCAGACACUCAAUGGCGGCCUCAGGAACUCCUGGGAGCUUUACCGCGUGACGCUGGAUGUGUCUCAGAAGUUCCGAGUGGUGUUUGAAGGGGUGAAGGGAUCAGACGCGUCAAAAGGAGGUCUGUCUCUGGACGACAUCAACCUCUCAGAGACACAAUGCCCCCACCAUACCUGGCGCAUUCGGGACUUCACCAGCCUCCUGGCCACAACACCUGUUGGUUCCAAAAUCUACAGUCCUACUUUCUUGUCUCGUGAAGGCUACUCUUUCCAGAUCUCCUUGUAUAUUAAUGGAAAGACAAGUAGUCCUACCAACAUGGCAAUCUACUUCCACCUGACCUCAGGACCUAAUGACAGCCAGCUGACAUGGCCCUGUCCAUGGCGACAGGCUACCAUGGCACUGAUGGACCAGAACCCAAAUAUUCAACAUCGCAUGGACAACCAAAGGAUGAUCACUACCGACCCAAGCAAGACCUCCACUGACUCUCUGGGUAAUGUGGAAUAUUUCUGGGAUGAUCCACGGAAAGUUGGCAGUCGGGUACAAAAUGCAGAUGGUACCUCAUACUACCGAGGGCCUGGUUAUGGCACCAGCUCUUUCAUUACACACAGCCGUCUGAAGAGCCGUAACUUCAUCAAAGGAGAUGACGUCAUCUUCCUCCUUAGUCUAGAAGAUGUGACUAACCUUCUGAAGACUCAGCCUGUGCCUCAGUCUGUUGCCUGUGGAGAGAACUGCCUAAACAGAAUCUCAGCAUCUGAUGACUCCACAGCAACCUUCACUGCAAAUGCCACUGCAACGGUGGUGGUGUACGCUUUUGUGGGAAGUGUUGUGUUGUUGAUUGCGGUUGCAAGUGUGCUGUACAAGGUGAAGAGGCGCCAAGAGAGUGAAGAGAUGGACAGAGAGGGAGGAAUAGAGCCGGAGAGAAUCAAUGGCUAACUUGCCCAUCAGCUCACGCUACAGUGGAGGACCAUGAUCAACAUGUACUUCAACCAAAUAACUUUUUGCAUGAAUCUCAAAUGAAACCAAAUAUCUACUUUUUCAAUCAAAUAUAUUAAAAAGACAAAAAAAUACUGCUAAAAAGCAGUAGGUUUACCCCCUGCUUUUCAAACACCUCAGACUGACCUUUGUUAAUUUGGGUGAGAAGCUCCAGGACCAUCGCAGACUGAGACCUGGUCACCUUAAAAAGGCUUUCAUUAGUGCAGAUUUGAAAACCUUCACUAUAUAGGAGGUCAACAGUGAGGCAAAGCUGAAGUGUUAAUGUCUUACAGUAAACAAUACCUAAAAAAUAGAAAGACAGAGAGAAAUAUGAUGGUAGAAGUUGAGAACACUGGAGAGAAUUAGAAGACUAUACCAGUCUUGACUGAUGUCAGUCUUUUCCUUUUGACUGCUCCUUUGAGAUGCUGGUCUUGUCUUCUAACUGGCUUGAGGUGAGUUGAUCAGAGACGAGUGCACUGUUAAAAAUGAAGCUUCCUUAGGGGUUAUUGGCUUGAACAUACAGUUCCAGGAAAAAUCUUUAAUUGGUGUGAAAUCUCUACAUCAGUGGUUCCCAACCCUGAUCCUGGAUGACCCCCUGACCUCCACAUUUUUGUCUUUUCCUGCCAAAACACCCACUUCAACACUGGAAGCGUUUGUUCAUUAGCAGAUUAGUUGGAUCAGGUGUUUUGGGAGCAGGGCAAAUGUUAAUAUGUGUAGGGAAGGGGGUCGUCCAGGACCAGGGUUGGGAAAUACUGCUCUACAUUAUGGUGAGGGUCCUUAAUCUUUUAAUACAGUUCUUCAUGCUCACAUGUCACUCAAAGAAACAUCCAUUAAAAGGUCCCUUAAGGAA